AUGGAGGCCAACAAGAGUGAAUAUCCUCACCAGGUGGAAGAAGCUGGAGAUAGUGACGACAUUGAGCUUCUCAAGACCAGAAUUUCUAGUCAUCCUUUGUAUGGGAGGCUCGUUCAGAAUCACCUCAACUGCUUAAAGGAAGGAUAUUCCUGGGCACUGACCAAGCUAAAGGAAGCCAUGGAAGAACCUCAGCCCGAAACAAUAGCUUUCAUCAAUGGCAUGCAUUCUCAACUCAGGGACGUCGCCGGAGCUUCCCUUCUCCCCUGA